AUGGGGAGCUGGUUAUCUUUCUUGCUAGCUUACCUCUUUGGUGGCAUCACCUUUAUCCCUCUCAUCCUCCUCGCCGUCUACCUCCAUGCCACCUAUACGCUCCCGUACCGACCGGACCCCUCGUCGACCACCACGACCCGCAGCGGCGGCAGCCCGGAACGGCACGAUGAAGAUAGCUUAGUGCAGCCUGGAGAUGAAACCGAGGCCCUCGAUGAGGCAAGAAGGAAGGAGAAGGAGAAGAAGGAGAAGAAGAGCGACCUGGGCUCCGAUAAGCCGCCGGCUGGGGCUGGUGCUGCCACAGACUAUCCUGAUGUAUCGGCCGGCUACUUUGCCGUGUGCAGAGAGUACACGCCCAUGGGGAUCAAUGCGAAACCCAUCGAGAGGCCGACGCCGGUGGGAAGCACCACGGUGGCCGCACCCAGCCCUAGCGUCUACCAGACAAUGUACAGGAGCCUCUUCGAUCGCAAGGCCGGACCGGCCGGACCGGUCGACAAUAACAGCAUGAAUCAGAGGCCGAAGAGGGCGGGCAACGUGUUCUACUUGGUGCUCAGGCACGGCCAUCUGAUGCUGUUCGACGACGAAGAGCAGAUCGAGGUCCGACACGUCAUCUCCCUCGCCCAUCACAAUGUCAGCAUCUACUCGGGCGGGGACCCCACGCCCGAGGGCGAGCUGUUCAUCAAGCGCAAUGCCCUGUGCCUCUCGAGGAGGACUGAUGGCAUCGACCAGGCCCCCGACGCUCAGGUGUCCAAGCCCUUCUACCUCUUCUCCGAGAACUGCUCCGCCAAGGAGGACUUCUACUUCGCCCUGCUCCGGAACCAGGAGCAGUCGUUUGGUGCCACCAUGAAGGUCCCAUCCCCCAAGAAUUUCCAGGUCAAGGACGUCAUCUCCCUCGUCCAGAAGCUGCACUCGACAGAGGACCACCUGCAUACGAGGUGGUUGAACGCCCUGCUGGGCAGGGUCUUCCUCAGCGUCUACAAGACCAAGGACCUCGAGAACUACAUAUCGGACAAGAUGACCAAGAAGAUCUCGCGUGUCAACCGACCGUCGUUCCUCAAAAGCAUCACCAUCAGCAAGAUUGACACGGGCGAGGCCGCCCCCUACUUCACCAACCUGAAGCUCAAGGACCUGAACGUCGAGGGCGAGUAUGUCUCCGAAGCCGACGUCAAGUACUCGGGUAACUUCCGUAUCGAGGUGGUGGCCACGGCCAAGAUCGACCUGGGCGCGCGCUUCAAAGCCCGCGAGGUCAACCUGGUGCUCUCGGUCACGCUCAAGAGGAUCGAGGGCCACAUCCUCUUCAAGAUCAAGCCCCCGCCCAGCAACCGCCUCUGGCACUCCUUCCAGACCAUGCCCAAGAUGGAGAUGAGGAUUGAGCCGGUCGUCAGCGCCAGGCAGAUCACCUACGCGCCCAUUCUGCGCCAGAUCGAGAACCGUAUCAAGGAGGUGGUUGCCGAGACUUUGGUCCAGCCCUUCUGGGACGACCUCCCCUUCUUCAACACGGAGCACAAGCAGUGGAGAGGUGGUAUAUUCGAGGGAGACGACAAUGUGGCCACGGGUUCUGAUCACAAAGGCGCCCCGUCCUCUGCCUCGGCGGCGGCUCGACGUGGCAAUGCCGAUGGCGUGGACCGUGCCGAGAAGAGCGCUUCUGCUGCUACAUCGCCCGGACCUGGCGAUGAGGCGCACCUGCCGUCCCCGACGCUGCCGCUUGAGAAGAGCUACAGCGUGCCCAUCACCGAGAUGCCUGCCCAAUCGAAAUCCCAGCCUGCAGGCACAGGGCUGUUUGGAAGGAGGAUGGGCAAGAACACUGGCAACCAGACGCCCAAGUCUCCCGCAUCGGCGUCCUCGACCAGCCUCGAGACGAAACCAGCGCCCUCGCCCGCAUCCGCACCUGCACCGCCUGCACCAGCAGCCGCAGCGGCCGCAGCGGCCGCAGUAGCCCCCUCGCCCAAGAAUCUCAGCCAGGCCACGACGCCUGUUGUCGGGACGGACGCCGCCCACGCCGAUAUCUACCGUCCGUCGACCUCGCCUCCGGAUCACGCUACCAGCUACGUGGCUGCGCUGCACUCGCGGUCGCAGGAGUCAUCGCCGGCCGUCACGCCGGGCACCUCGCCGGCAAAAAACCCGCCUCCUCAGCAUCAGAAGCAGGCGAGCCACUCGUCCGGUGUCUCAACUCCAAAGAAUGGAGCUAAAGGCAAUGGCAACGAUGCGGACAAGACACCCGUGCCAACCACCUCGCAGCAGAGGAGGAAUACGGCGUCCUCGGUCAGCUCUACCUCGACGGGUGGAGAUGUAGGUGGCAGCGGCGCACAGUCUCCUAGGUCAUCGAAGUCGCUCAAGGAACGGCCCGCGCCGUCUACUCUUCCUCGCAAUUUCACAAUGAAGGGAGAGGGCAGCACGUCUACGACGUCUCUCAAGGGUGAAGGGGCCGAUGACAGCAACGGCAACGGCAACGGGAAUGGAAACGGCAACCGCAUCCAGACCCAGAAGAAGAACACGCUGGCGGCUGUCACCAAUGCUGCAGCCCAGGCGAGACAGUGGGGGUGGAAUGCCAUCCAGCGGCAAAAGGAUGGGCGCAAGAAUGGUGACGGCUCCAGCAGCCCGCAAGUCGACCUGUCGCAACCCAUGGGGCGUGGGCAGCCGUUCCCACCCCCGGGGACGCCCCUCCCCGGCCCUACCAGCGGAAAGACGAAGAUUGCACCCAUCCCCGUCCCCAAGCGCAGACCGUCCUCGACCCAGGCGAUGUCUCCCGGUGCGUCAGCCCACGAGUCGAACAUGGCUCACCAUCAUCAGGGGACACCGAAUGACGGGAGCCAGCGGAGAAGGCGCAAGAAGAACAGCCAUUUCGAGGACGAAGGCGAGGAGCAGAGCAUACUAGUCGUGGCAGCGCCUGAUGAAUCGGACCCCGAGACGCCGGCUUUCCAGGAGGGCGACGGGUACGACUCGUCGUCUGAGCUGGAGGCAGCCGGCGUCAUGGAAGAGGUUGCCGAUGUACCACAAAGAGCUUCGUCGUCAUCUCCCUCUAAGGCACUAUCUAAGGCUGCCGCUGCGUCUCAGACGAGUCUACCUCUUACGAAUCCCGCGUCUGCGUCCAAGGAGAGCGACGGUGGACGGGAGGCUGCCCCCAAGGAUGGCACAGGUGAGGAGAGCUCCACUAUGCAGGCUCAGAUUCGAGGAACGGCAGGCGAUGAUGGUCCUCAGGAGACAGCGUCAGUGUCAGCAUCGAAGCCCGACCAGGACCUGUCAAGCAGUGACGACGACGAGGGUCUCUCGAGAUGGAUGGAUGACACCCCAGACGAGGACACUGGCGACUCUUCUCAGGAGAAGGCUUCUCCAUAG